AUGUUGUGGGGAGGAGGGCGUGGCGGCAAAGGGUCUUUGGGAGGAGAGCGUGUGGGCAGCAUGUCGUGGGAGGAGAGCUUGGUGGAAGCGGGUUGUGGGGAGGAGGGCGUGGUGGCAGAGGGUCUUUGGGAGGGGAGCUUGGUGGAAGCGGGUUGUGGGGAGGAGACCGGGGUGACAGCAGGUCGUGGAGAGGAGAGCUUGGUGGAAGCGGGCCGUAGGGAGGAGAGCGGGGUGGCAGCGGGUCAUGUGGAGGAGAGCUUGGUGGAAGCGGGUUGUGGGGAGGAGGGCGUGGUGGAAGCGGGUCGUGUAGAGGAGAGCGUGAGGGCAGCAGGUCGUGGGGAGGAGAGCGUGGUGGCAGCAGGUCGUGGGGAGGAGAGCGGGGUGGCAGCGGGUCGUGUGGAGGAGAGCGGGGUGGAAGCGGGUUGUGGGGAGGAGAGCGUCGGGUCGCGUGGAGGAGAACGUGAGGGCAGCAGGUCAUGGGGAGGAGAGCGUGGUGGCAGCGGGUCGUGGGGAGGAGAGCGGGGUGGCAGCGGGUCGUGGGGAGGAGAGCUUGGUGGUAGCGGGUCGUGGGGAGGAGAGCGGGGUGGCAGCGGGUCGAGUGGAGGAGAGCGGGGUGGAAGGGGGUUGUGGGGAGGAGAGCGUGUGACAGCAGGUCGUGGGGAGGAGAGCUUGGUGGUAGCGGGUCGUGUGGAGGAGAACGUGAGGGCAGCAGGUCGUGUGGAGGAGAACGUGCUGGCAGCGGGUCGUGUGGAGGAGAACGUGAGGGCAGCAGGUCAUGGGGAGGAGAGCGUGGUGGCAGCGGGUCGUGGGGAGGAGAGCGGGGUGGCAGCGGGUCGUGGGGAGGAGAGCUUGGUGGUAGCGGGUCGUGGGGAGGAGAGCGGGGUGGCAGCGGAUCGUAGAGAGGAGAGCGUGGUGGCAGCGGGUCGUGAGGAGGAGAGCGGAGUGGCAGCAGGUCGUGGGGAGGAGAGCGAGGUGGCAGCGGGUCGUGGGGAGGAGAGUGAGGUAGCAGCGGGUCGUGGAGAGGAGAGCGGGGUGGCAGCGGGACGUGGGGAGGAGGGCGUGGCGGAGGUGGGUCGUGGGAGGAGAGCGUGA